AUGCCUCUGAUCAAGAUGAUAGGGCGGAUGACGGACGAGGAUGUGGGCUGGGCGUUACCGGACAGCACGGAGGAGGGGGCGGUGCAGGGGGUGCUGGAGUGUGUGAAGAGGCUGCAGCUGGCUCUGGCCGUCCCGGCCUCGGCCUCCUCCGUCACCUCCCGAGGCUCGCUCGUCGCCGACUCCCACCACGACGAGCCCUCCCUGCCCAUGACGCCGCUGACGACGGGCAAAUCGGUGGACUAUCCGCGCUCCGAAGCCAGCCCUCGGCUCGAGAAGUUCCCGAGCACGUUCAUGAGCACCGACCAGCUCGCAUCCACCGCCGCCUCGUCCCCCGUCCACGCCUUCUCCCCGCACGACCGCCACCAUCUGCCCCCCAGUAGCCACACCAAGCCCUCCUCCUCCUCCGAAGAAUACAACAACGUCAAGCACGACGCCCUCCACCAUCCCCUCUCCGCGAUCGACUCCACCGAGAACUUCAUCGCCGCUACUCUGCCCCUCCGGUCCACCCUCACCGCCUCCUCCUUCCAGUCCGACCAUAAGGCCGAGCUCAAGGCCCUCCACGACGCCUCCAUCCUCCUCCUCUCCAUCCCCGAAGAAUCUAUUGCCCUCCAAAUCACCAGGCUCGAGUGGAACAUCUUCUCCCAGAUGAAGCCCCGCCAUCUCAUCCGCUACGUCUUGGCCCCCCGCGACCCUAAUAACCCCCGCAAAGCCCUCCGCGAUCCUAACAGUCCGAUCGCCAAAUCCACCGAUUAUCUUAACUACUUGGCCGUCUGGGCGAGUUCGAUGAUUCUGAUCCAGGAGAAGCUGAAGAGUCGAGCGCGGGUGUUGCUGAAGUUGAUGAAAGUAGCAUACGAGUUACGCGACAUGGACGACUUCCAUUCACUGAUGGGAGUCCUGGCAGGGAUCGAGGCCCAGCCGGUUUACCGGCUCGACGCGACCUUCGAGGUCGUCCAACACAUGGACCUCCAGGCGUACCGGCGCUAUCUGAGUCUGAAAAAACUGAUGAGCUCGCAGCGCUCGUUUUCUGCCUACCGUCUGGCGCGCCAGACGGCCAGUUCGCAAUGUGUGCCCUACCUGGGGACGUAUCUGCAAGAUAUAACGGCGGUGAACGAGGUCAAGGACGACAUGAAGGACGGCAAGGUCAACCUGACCAAGAUGAUCCAGAUCGCCAAGUCGGCCUCCGCCGUCCUCAACUGCAACCUCCUCGCGCCCAAGAUCGUCUUCGACCCCAAGAUCUCCAACCUCAUCAUCAAGAUCCCCGUCCUGUCUGAAGACGCACAGUACGAGCUGUCGUAUAAGUACAAGCCGCGGCUGCAGUCGUCGAGCCAUAACUCUAUGCUUCCGGGAGGCAACAACAGCAGUGCUGGGACGGGCGGGAGUGGCGGCGGGAUCAUGACGGAUCCGACGGGGCAUGUGGGGCCGCUCACCUCGUCGGCCUCCUCGGGCUCACUAGCGCCGGGCCCGGCCUCGUCCGCCGCCCUCUUCUCCGCCUCCACCGCCUCCGAACCCGCCCCCUUCGCGCCCACACCCAGCGCCAGCUCGUCCGCCAUCCAGAGCGUCGCACACGUCGGCGCCGCCACCUCCCUCGUCGCCAAGAAAGGCACCCGCAAACUCAAACAACUCCUCUCCACCGCGAUCACCCACUCCUCUUCCUCCGCCCACCCCGCCCCGCAGCACGCCUCCUCGGCCCACUAA